GUUGGGAAGAGUUUGCGCUCAUUGGGAUAGAGAGACACACACACACACACAAUUGGGAGUCCGGAGAGAGAAGAAGGAAAGAGGAAAGUUUCCGCUUCUGUCUUUUUAUCCAGAUACUUUCGGUGCGCCUUUUGGAAGGAAAAACACGGACAGCAAACUCCGAAGCCUGCGCGCUGAAUUUGGAGACUCGUUUUGUGGUGGAAAGAGUGUCAGGGUGAGAUAUUGCUCGGAUUUGGAUGUGAAACGCGGACCAGGGUGUGAGACAGAGCCGAAGGAAUGUAUCGUAACCGGGCAGCGGUGCGGCUGUGGAGAUGUCCAGCCUGCGCUCUCUGCGUCUCUCUGCUGCUCCAGUGCGUCCUGGCGCUCAGCGCGUCUGGAUCUGAGCUCGCCCAGGACCUCAGUGUACACGCUGCCACCACAUGGAACCAAACAGACGUGCCCUUCAUCCGCCUUGAGGCUCCCAUGAACAACAUCACCACAUCUCUGGGUCAAACAGCCGAGCUUUUUUGCCGGGUGUCCGGGAACCCGACGCCUACGGUGCGCUGGCUGAAGAAUGAUGCCCCAGUUGUGCAGGAGCCAAGGCGGGUCUCCUACCGAACCACGCAGUACGGAUCCCGCCUGCGUAUCCGCGACCUGGACACUACAGACACAGGCUACUUCCAGUGCGUCGCCAGCAACGAUCAUGGCUCCGUUUCCACAACUGGGGUGCUGUUUGUCAAAUUUGAUCCACUCCCCACACCUCUGUCAGGAAGACCAACGGUGGAUCUGAAUGAAGAUGGAUUCUGCCAGCCCUACAGAGGCAUAGCCUGUGCUCGCUUCAUCGGAAACCGCAGCAUCUACGUCGAUUCCCUGCAGAUGCAGGGGGAGAUUGAGACUCAGAUCACAGCUGCCUUCACCAUGAUCGGAACUUCCAAUCACUUGUCCGAUCGUUGCUCCCAGUUCGCCAUCCCUUCCCUUUGCCACUUUGCCUUUCCAACAUGCGACCGUACCUCAGGCAUUGACAGGCCUAGGGACCUUUGUAAGGACGAAUGUGAGAUACUGGAGAACGAUCUGUGCAAGACUGAGUACAUCAUUGCCCGUUCCAACCCCAUCAUACUGAAGAGCCUUAAACUGCCCAACUGUGAGGAGCUGGCUGCCUCUGACAGCCCGAAGGCUGCCAACUGUUUACGGAUUGGGAUCCCCAUGGCUGAGCCCAUCGAUAAAAGUCACAAGUGUUACAACAACACUGGAGCAGAUUACAGAGGCACCGUGAGUGUGACCAAAUCGGGGCGCCAGUGUCAGCCGUGGAACUCCCAGUAUCCCCACAGCCACACCUACCUGGCAGUCCGUUACACCGAGCUGAAUGGGGGGCACUCUUACUGCCGCAACCCUGGGAACAAACACGAGGCCCCCUGGUGCUUCACGCUGGAUGAAGGUGUUCGCAUGGAGCUCUGCGACAUUCCAGUCUGUGACCAUAAAGAUAAGUCCAGUGGCAGCAUGGAGAUCCUUUACAUCCUAGUUCCCAGUGUGGCCAUCCCAUUGGCCAUCGUCUUGCUUUUCUUGUUCAUCUGCGUUUGCCGUAACAACCAGAAGUCCUCCAGGCCUCCAGCUGCUCGUCCACCCAAACCAGUCCGAGGUCAAAAUGUGGAGAUGUCUAUGCUGACAACUCCCUACAAACCAAAGGGUAAAGCCAAAGAGCUCCCCAUGUCGGCGGUGCGUUUCAUGGAGGAGCUUGGAGAAUGCACGCUGGGGAAGAUCUACAAGGGUCAUCUCUAUCUGCCAGGCAUGGACCAGGCGCAGCUUGUGGCCAUUAAGACUCUGAAAGAUAUUUCCACCAAUCAGCAAUGGACAGACUUUCAACAGGAAGCUGCUGUGCUGACUGAGCUCCAGCACCCGAACGUGGUCUGCCUCCUUGGUGUGGUUACGCAGGAGCAACCUGCCUGCAUGCUAUUCGAGUUUCUGCCACAAGGAGAUCUUCACGAGUUCCUGAUUAUGCGGUCGCCGCACUCUGACGUUGGCUGCAGCAGUGACGAGGACGGCACUGUAAAAUCCAGUCUUGAUCAUGGAGACUUUCUGCAUAUGGCCAUACAGGUUGCUGCAGGGAUGGAAUAUCUAGCCAGUCACUUCUACAUCCAUAAAGACCUGGCAGCAAGGAACAUUUUAGUAGGCGAACAGCUGCACGUGAAGAUUUCUGACCUGGGUCUCUCCAGAGAAAUCUACUCCUCUGACUACUACUGCAUCCAGCCUAAGACUCUGCUGCCCAUCCGCUGGAUGCCCCCUGAAUCCAUCGCCUAUGGGAAGUUCACCACAGACUCAGACAUCUGGUCAUUUGGGGUGGUUCUGUGGGAGCUCUUCAGCUACGGCCUGCAGCCUUACUAUGGCUUCUCCAACCAGGAAGUGAUGGAGAUGGUGAGAAAGAGGCAGUUGCUGCCCUGCCCGGAGGACUGCCCACCAAGGUUUUAUGGCUUGAUGACAGAAUGCUGGCAGGAGGGACCAGCUCGCCGACCACGCUUUAAAGACAUCCACAGCCGCUUGCGAGCUUGGGAGGGGCUGUCUUCCCACGCCAGCUCCAGCACUCCCUCCGGUGGAGGAGGCAACGCCACCACUCAGACAACCUCGCUCAGUGCCAGUCCCGUCAGCAACCUCAGCAACCCUCGCUUUGCCACCGCCACCGCUGGAUACCUCUACCCUGCCCAGGCCAUCCCUGCACCUGGGCAGAUGGCGACUAUUCCUGCCUGGACUCCAAUGGCUGUCCCACAAACCCAUCAGCGCUUCAUCCCUGUCAAUGGAUACCCCAUCCCACCAGGAUAUGCAGCCUUCCCAGCUCACUUUGCCCCUCCAGCUCCACCUACUAGAGUCAUCCAGCACCACCUGCCGCCUCCUAAAAGCCGCUCACCCAGCAGUGCCAGCGGCUCCACCAGCACGGGCCACGUCAGCGGGGUGCCUUCCACCACGGGCUCCAACCACGAGGCCAACACGCCACUCCUCUCUCACUGCGUCACGCCGGGGAACGGCGGGGGUCAGGUUUACGGACAAGUCUCCCAAAAAGGGGUGACGCAAAUUGACCACGUUUCGCAAACUUCAGCUCUGCUCACUCCAGACUCUGAUGUGAUUAUGUACAAUGACUCAGUCAUCACCGCGGACCUGUGAACAGGCCGGGGCAAUGUUCCCUCUCUCUUCCUGCUCCGGAACCUCAUAUGAGACGUUCUGCCUCUCAGCCAGAGAGCGAGAACCACAGCUCAACUUCGGCCUUAGUGAGACCAGACAGGCGCAGGCUUGUUCACACUGCUAAAUGUGCAAAAAAAAACAAAAAAAAAACAAACAAAAAAAGCAUUGCUGCAGCUACAUAAGUAUUGCAAAGAGAUGUCUGACUGUAAAGUGUUCUUAGUGUCUUGGUUUAACAAUGUUGCUAUGGUAACCCUUGUAAAUACAAUACAUUAAAGUGUUGAGUGAAUGAAAAAAAUACAUAUAAGUAUAUAUUCAAAAGGAACUUUUUAAGCUUAUGGUUGAAAUAAGUAACAAGUCCACCCUGGUUCAGUUGAUUUUAUUGGACCCUUGCAGGCAGUGAGUUUGUGACUCUGUUAAUAGACUGUUUCAUAUAGAGACAUAAACAUUCAUGAAACUCGCUCACGGUGCCUUUCAGCUGCGCUCCAGAAUACCCACACCGGCCUAAGCAAUGAAACGUUGGCUCAAGCAGGACCAUCUACUGGCUUUCUGUGGGUUUCCUGCUCCACCCUUUGGACUCCAGACUCCAACAUGUUUGGUUCUGUGCCUUAGAGUGUAGCCCCCACCCGACCCCACCCUCACUGUAAAGCAACAGGAAUUGAGAUGGCAUCUACGGGGAUGCAGCUCAAUUUGUUAUUGUCAAGGUCAAGCAUCAACAUACCCUCGUCAUUCACAUCUUUUACCAUCGAAAAUGACAGCUGAAUGUUUGUUUUAUUUUAUUUUUUCAAUCAAAGUUGAUGAAACUUCCUCUACAAUCAAAAAACAUCUCCCCUCUGCUUAAAACGGCUACGGAGUUCCCCCCCAAAACAUCUUUUUUUUUUGGUCAGCAUUAUCAAACUAGUCCAGUUUGGAGAUAUAGCGAGACGUUCUCAUAUAGUAGUCACUAAUCAAAACAGGGGCUAUACUAGAAUGAAUUUCAACAGUGUAAUAUAAGUACAAAUUUCCAUUUAACUUUUGUAGUUAAUGUUUCCACCAAACAAUGACUUUUUGCUGGUCUUAGUCUGAUUUAAAUCUUUCUGGGGAUUUGAUGUAACUCUACCUACCCUGUAACAGCAGUGUACUCCCUAAAUGCUUCUUUAUGCAUGGCUAUUAUCAUUUGCAGAAAAGGUUGAUGAAGACGGAAAAUUAAAGUUUUAGAAGAAAAACUAUUCCUGUUUACAUUUUCCAUUUCAACGUCAUAAAUUAUUAGUAUCAGUAUGUUUCUUGUUUAUUUUUGGAUUUUUUUAAAUCAACAUAUAUGAAAAAUUGCACAGUCCGUGUUAUUAACAACUGUUUUAGCUAAAGCCAAUCUCCUGUGGUUUUGUUUUCAGUGGGUUGGAUGGUGGAAAUCGGCAGUUAACUCCCCUAUGAGAAUGUUUUCCCUAACUGAGAUUCUUCUGACCGCUUUCUAUUAAAAUAAGACUGACUUUAACUAAUCAAAACACCUGUAACUCAGAAGAAAAAAAAACAAAAAAACAAUCUAGAAAGGGUUGGUAAGGUAGUGGAAGGUUGUGCGUGCUCACAACUAACCCACACAACCCUGAAAAUAAUUCUUAAUUAAAUUCUUUAAACUUUUAUACCAACGCAGCCUUUUAGAGAUUUUUUUAUUGACAAUUUUAGUGCUUUAUUUUUUUAAAGAGUUGCUUCCCAGAUGUGUCUUUGUGGGGUUUGUAUUUAUUUUUUUUUACGUUUUGAGGAAAAGUAAUCAUCCAAGAUAUCAUUGUAGGAAGUUUAUUGUAAAUACACAAGGCCUGUAGCAGAUAACGGUACUAUGGAACAUUCUAGGGUCUCUGAAAACAGUUGGAAGUCAUCGUAUGUGCUUCAUGCACCAGGUCCUGUGAAUACAGUGUACUUUAGUGCAUUUUGCAGGCCAUGCUGGGUAACAAGCAAGUGGCCUAAGUAGCGAGGGAGGGAAAAUAAAUCAAAUUUGUCUGUUAUUUCUACAUCUGUAUUUAUUCGUCAGUGUCAUAGUGGCUUACAUUCUCUCUGAUACCUUUUUCCAAAAUGAAGAAGUGUGUGUUUGGUAAAUGCUGAACUCUGUACUCUAUUUUUUUUUAAUAGUAAUGUCAAUUAAUUACUAAAUAUGAAGCUUUUGGCAUGUUUUUUUUUUAACAGCAGUUUAUCAUCAUCCCCCUUUUUUAUUUGACAAUCCUCAAAAUGCAAAUAUUAACAAAGAUACUUUGGGCUGUGUGUGUGUGUUACUUAUCUCUGUUAGAAGGCUAACAAUCAGUUGUGUUUGACCAUUUUUUUGUGCUGCAAACACUUUUUAGCAGAAAACUAAGUUAAUAGAGAUAGAAAAUACUUUAUUUACUUCAAGAGGUAUUUGAUUCAAUCAGUCCCCAAGUUUUGGUAAAAAAGGACAGUUAGACAAAAUUUCUGCUUUAUGAAUUUUUAUAGGAAACAAGUUAAACGUGCACAAAGGUGAUUUUAAGUCAUAAGUUUGGGGGGGUUUUACAGAUUUUUUAUUUUAUUUUAUGAAGUACAACUUUACUUAUGAUUAAGACGCCUGUCUUGUGUUUGUUUUUGCUUUGUUUUUUUUUUGUUUGUUUCUUUUUCUAAAGUAGACGGAGCUACCUAUAACCGAGUUUGUUCACUUCCACCGUGAAACAGAUGUGUAAGUGCAAAAACCACUUGUACACAAGACUGUGAAUCUUUAUAAGGUCUGUUUGAGUUAUUUUGUUUUUGCAGAACCAUCAUAAAUGUGCCUUUUUAGUCCUUUUUUUUUUAAGAACCAACACAGUUUUAUUCUCACAUUAGGUUUAUUCUCAUAUUGACCAAGUUAGGCCUUUUCUUUGUAAUUCGCCCGAUUGUUUUUGCACAAAUGUUUUUGUAUUGCAAAAAUCAUUAUUAUUA